AUGGUAACAUUAGUCAUCUGGCUACAACAAACAUGGACUGACUAUAAACUAAAAUGGGACCCUGAAGAGUACGGUAACAUCACAGAGAUCAGACUGCCGAAUGAUGCUGUUUGGAAACCUGACAUCUUCUUGUUCCACAGGUAAUCACCUUCUUUAGAUAUCAGAAAUUGCAGUUAAUAACCAGUAAUCUUUAAUCUUUCUGUUCAACAGAUAAAGUUUAUCCUUUUCUUUGAAUAACCUAAUAAAGUAACAAAAUUGUAGCCUAAAAACCAACUUUUUGAGAAUUUUAGUGCAGAUGAAAACUUUGAUGCUCGAUUUGCUGUGAAUUAUGUUGUUACCCAUACUGGAAACGUGCUACAAGCUCCUCCAGCUAUUCUCAAAAGUUCUUGUGCUAUAGACAUCACUUGGUACGUAUUACAAUAGUUUUGGAAGUGUUACGGCUAAUUUUACAUUGACUUUUGAUAUUUAGGUAACAACUUAUCAUUAUAUUGUUUUAGGUUCCCAUUUGACGAACAAUUUUGUUUUCUAAAAGUAAGUAGCUUUUUCUGCACAGGCUAUGGCCUUGUAGAUACCAAAUAAUCGAUAUAUGGUAACUAAAAAUCGAAUUUAUCUUCUUGUGUUAUACUGUACUCAAUUUCAGUACGGUUCCUGGACCUACUCUCGUCGAGAGGUCAAUUUAUUCAUAGAAGACUCUCGUUUAACUGAAAACCAUAAGAUGGAUCUACAAUAUUAUGUUCCAAAUGGUGCGUGGGACAUUGUUGGAACACCAGCUUACCGAAAACCUUCUGAGUACGAAGGUGCUCAAUACGUUGAGUUGAUGUUCUAUAUGUGGUUGAGAAGGAAGACGAUUUACUAUGGUAUCAACUGGAUUAUACCUAGUAUUCUGUUUUUACUCAGUAACAUUCUCGGCUUCUCAUUGCCUUCUGAAUGCGGGGAAAAGUUCACUUUACGUAAGUUUAUAAGCAUAUUAUUAGGUUGUUCAACAAUUCAGAGACCCCUCUCAAAGCGAAUUUGCGGGGUUAGGGAGCACAUAGUUAUAUGAACAACCUAAAAUAAUAAAAAUUAUAUUAUGUUACGUACAAUCAAGUAUAACAUUGUUUUUUAGAAACCAACAAUCUUUUGUCAGUGACAAUGUUUCUUGGAAUGGUCGCGGAAGUUACCCCGCCCACCUCAACUUCAGUACCCAUUAUUGGAGCUUUCUUUGCCUUACAAAUGGUACUACUAGGAUCAUCAGUCAUUAUUACCAUCUUACUUAUCAGUAUUUCAUUUCGUUCACCAAAAACUCAUGAAAUGUCACCAUUUUUGAGAUUAAUCUUUCUGGAAUGGGUACCAUGGCUAUGCCUAAUGACACGCCCUGACGUCAAGUUUACUCGACCUGGGUAGGUCAAUAUGAAUUUUAUCGUUAUUGUAUAUUGUUGUAUAGACUAAAGGGUGAAAACUUGAAAAUAGUACAGUAAAACAAACUUAUUUCACUUACAAUAUUAAAGCCGCACCUGAAAUACUAAAAGCCAUGUUUUCAGAAGUCAAUCCAAAACAGCAGCUUCAAGUUUAUCAGACUCUAGAUCGUCCAGUACUUCUUCCUCAAUAUCAUUCCCUUACAAAGCCAAAAACAAAAUGGUACCUAUAAAAGAUGGUGCACGAUUAGUCAAAGGAAAUUCUCUUGAAUCACUCAAAAAUAUUUCUAUUUAUUUUUUUUUUUUUGGAUAUUAGGCAGCAUGAUGACAAAACCUAAACUACAACAACUUCAUGAUAACAUUGUAAACAAGGAGGACAUUGAUGAAGGUAUGGGAGAUGAUAUAUCAAUAAUUGGGGGGGGGGAAGGGGGGACCCCCAUCCCCGCGACUCCUCAUCCCCACGGGGAUUUUGUAAGUCAUCCCCGCGGGGACGGGGAUUUUGUAAGUCAUCCCCGCGGGGACGGGGAUUUAAAUAAUAAACAAAAUUUUAAAUUUAAUAUGCAAAAUUAUGACUUUAAUAAGUUAAGUAUUUAAAUUUUAACGUAAAAACAAAAAACAAUUAAACAAUUUAUUUAAUAAACCUUAUAAAUUCAAAAUAUAACAGUAAAAAAGUUUAAAAAUAACAGAGAAUAACAAUAAAUUGAUUAAAACUCUUCAAUGUCUUGAUUAAAGUCGUCACUGUUGUCAUCAUCAACUUUUUUCUUCUAAAUUAGUUGGCACCGUAAUAGUAGUAACGACUCAGCCAUAGAUUCUGAUAAGUUUGACCUGAGCUUGUCCGCAAAUAAUAAAGUCGUUUGGGAGAAGAACCUUUCGCUUGGAACUGAUGAAGCUGGGAUUCCUAAUAACGUCUUUGCAAUAAGGUGCAUAAUCGGAAAAAUGUUUGAGCUUGUCUUCCAGAAACUGAAAACGUCUUUGUUGAAGUUUCCAAUACGUAGCUUGUUACAUUCUUCCUACAAAUAUUAAGUUUAAGGUAAAAGUAUACGCAAAAGUUAAACUCACUAGCAAAAUUGUUAGCUUUAUUAUUUCCGUUCUGGUUUUCUUUCACAUUCAAUUCAUUGUCCAAAAAACUUAGGUCCAUUGAUGAUUGACUGCUUUCUUCAUCAAAACUUCUCUGUUUUCCUCUUGUAAAUUAACAUUAAGUAGUCCACAAGUCCGUUGAGCAUGGGAAAUAUUUCAGAUGCUGUUGAGUUGUCUGAUGAAAAAGUUAACGUCAGGUCGUUGAACUUCUCCAGUACCCGCACUAUGAUCUUUAAAGUUUAUAAAUAGGAUAAAACACAAUGCCAAAAAUUUGGCUCAAUUGAAAUUUCGUGGCAAGACUCAAGCAAAUAUUUUUAUUAAAUUUCAAUUUAUUUAUAAUUUUUUUAUAUAAAAAAUCCCCGCGGGGACGGGGAUCCCUCCCCCCCCCGCCGAGCACUCUACCUGCUACACUCAAACCUCUUUAGUAUGACACUUAAACGACUAGCCCAAACUUGUCAUUAUAAUCAGGGUGUCACGCUACCCAGCUACUUUUUGAUAGGGGUGCUAUUACAAAGAGCGGUCAAAAAUAUGUCAUUAUAAAGAACGUGUCACGCUUUCGAGAGUCAUACUAAAGAGUUUCACUGUAAUUAAACGCCUAAAACAAUACAAUUUCAGAACCUGAAACAAUAUCUUUUUCAGAAUCUUCAGAUGCCAUCCAAACCCACUUAACUACAGAAACUCUCCUUUGGGAUACCUUGAAGAUGCUUCGGUGUUACCUAGCUGAGUCCAAGCAAAGAGCUGAAGAAGAAGAAGCAGAAGAGAUUGAACAAGCCGAUUGGAGGUUCAUGGCUAUGGCCAUCGACCGGUUCUGUAUGUUUUUAUAUGCAUUUUUGUCUAUCGUACUGCCAGUGGCAAUGUACUGUAGUAUUCCUGAACAGGAGUUUAGGGGUGAGGUUUAUUAG